AACAAAGCGCAAAAGUACAGGACGCUACGCAGAAGGGGGGAGAGAGUAAGUAAGAUGGCGGCACGUGCACACGCAGCGGCCUCUCUCUGUCCCGAACGGUGUUUUGUUUUGUCGUUUGAUGUGGGUUUGUCCCACAGUUUUGUGUGUUCGUCUCGUCCUACUGGUUUGUGCUACAAGUACAGCGGGCUGGUUCUGCUCGACAUCGGCGAAACUGCCCGUGUGCUCACUCGGAUUAUUCGCUGGAGCCUGACAAAAGGUGGAAAAUGUGGUGCAUCGCGAGAGAAAAGCUUCGAUCCAACCCAAAUGUGUUUGGACUGGAAGGGCCUCUUCUCAGCUGUCACUCAAGCCUCGGAUGCAGCCAGCGUGCCGAGGGAGGCGGCGCCGACGGCGGAGCAUCGGACCAUGGAAUGGCAUUUUUGAGAGGUGGAGAGAUGAGCGAGCGCUGAGCAAAGGCGGCACAAUUCAACGACAAGAUGCCCAAGUUGAGACGCUGACGCAGCUACCAUGACCACGAAAGGCUUGUCCAGCAGCCACGCUCACCAUCACGGCGGCGGCGCUUCCUACGACUCGGUGACGCUCGCUCGCUUGGAUGGUCAGCCCCGUUUCCUGAACCCGGCCGGCGAGCCUCGCCCGUGCUACACCCAGCGCAGCUCCUUCCAGUCGGAAUGUGGCGGCGGCUACCCGCCGGACCUGGCCAGCUGCACCUUCCCUCGCAGACAUUACAGCUCCCAUCACGAGCUGAAGGAGCAGUGCGGCGGGGCUCUGACGAUGACGGCGGCGGCGGCGGCGGCGAGCGAGGAGGGCAAAAAUAACAACGAGCGGCUCUCCCGUAACCCGCCGGAGCAGUCGGAUCAGCGAGCUUCCGUGCGACGGGAAGGCUACCACACGCUGCAGUACAAGCGCACGGCCGUGGUGGAACACCAACGCAGCGACAGCCCCGGGCGAAUCCGCCACUUGGUUCACACGGUCCAGAAGCUUUUCACCAAGUCCCACUCCCUGGAGGGGCCUUCGGGAUCCGCCCCGAGCGGGAGGCUGAACGGCGGCGGCGGCAAAUCCAGCCCCGACGAGCCGCCGUCUUCGUCGGGAACCCAGAAACACAACAAGCGCGGCAAAAACAAAGACCGCUCCAAGUCGGAGCCAAAGAUGCGGAGCGCCAUCUCCGGCUACUGGAGCUCAGAUGACACCCUGGACCGGGAGAUGCGCCUCUACCAACCGUCGGGCGUCAUGACGGUGGGGCGCCGCUGCCCGGAAAAGUCGCGGUCGCAGUACUUUAUGGAGUCGUACAACACCAUCAGCGCCCAAUCUCUCGAGACGUCCCGCAGCAACAACGACGUCAAGUGCUCGUCCUGCUCCCGCCCGCCACUCCCGCUAACGGAGAAGAGCUCGUGGUCUUCCACUCUGACGGUGAGCCGGGCACGGGAGGUCUACCAGAAGGCCUCUGUCAACCUAGAUCAAGAGCUAGCCAAAGGCGAGCGGGGACGCGCCUCCUGCCACUUCCUGCAGGUGCCUCAGGAUGACUGGGGCGCUUUCUGCCCGCUGGGCAAGGACCAGCAGAUCCCCUGCCGGAGGAUGCGAAGCGGCAGCUACGUCAAAGCCAUGGCUGAGGAGGAGGACGACGACGACGGCGGCGGCGACGACUCGGACUGCGGCCCCGAACCUUCGCCCAAGGCGCAGGCGCGGCGGGCCAGCUACCUGAAGGCCACGCAGCCGUCGCUCACCGAGAUGACCACGCUCAAAGCAGCCAGCCCCGCCCUCCUCCCCUCUAACUGCGAGCGGCUGAGGCCAAGGAUUUCCACGGAGCACUCGCCCAAGCUGCAGAUCAGGAGUCACAGCUAUCUGCGGGCGGUGAGCCAGGUUUCUAUCAAUAGGAGCCUGGACAGCUUGGACCCGGCGGGGCUGCUGGCCUCGCCCAAGUUCCGCUCCCGAAACGAAAGCUACAUGAGAGCCAUGAGCACCAUCAGCCAGUUGAGCGAAGUGGAGGUGAACGGGCAGAUCGAAGCGCUGUGCGAGGCGGUGUUCAGCGAGAUGGAGUCGCAGGCGGUGGACGCGCUGGAUCUGCCCGUGCCCGCCGGCUGCUUCCGCGUGCGCAGCCACAGCUACGUGCGCGCCAUCGAGAAGGGCUGCUCGCAGGACGAAGAGGAGGAAGAGGCCCCGGGGCGUGGAGGAGGCGGAGCCAACCGCAAGGCAGGAUCGUCCCCGCGCACCACCACUGUCAGAACCAUCCAGAGCAGCACAGUGUCGUCAUGCGUCAGCACCUACAAGAAGACCCCCCCGCCGGUGCCCCCGCGGAGCACCCCGUCCAAGCCCUUCAUAUCCAUCACGGCGCAAAGCAGCACCGAGUCGGCCCAGGACGCCUACAUGGACGGCGGCGGCAGCGGCGGCGGCUCGGGCCCGCGCAAGGGCAUCGGCUCGCAGCCGACCCUGUCCAACUCCACCGAGAGCAUCGACAGCAUGAAGGCCCUGACGGCGGCCAUCGAGGCGGCCAACGCUCAGGUGCACGGCCCGGCCAGCCAGCAAGUCACCGCCGCCGUCUCCACCGACACCAAGGCGCCGAAAGAAGCGCUCCGCAAGUGCCUCUCCAUCGGGAUCCAGGUGGAGCCCGAGGAGGAGGGGCCGGCGGAGGAGCGCUCCAAGUUCCACUCCGUAGGAAUUCAGGUGGAAGAUGAGCGCUGUCAGCGCCGCAUGACCCGCUCCAACAGCGUCACCGCCGCCGUCCAGGCCGACCUGGACGACCCUUCGGACGGGCCGCCGGCGCCGCCCCGCCACUGCGCCACCAUGCCGCGCCAACACUCCCGCGACGCCUCGGCCGCCGCUUCCACGGUCCGCAUCCAAGGCUCGGGCAACCACUACCACGCCUGCGACUCGGGCGAGGCGGGAUUGGACCCGUCCAUCUUGCCCCCUCCGGACCCGUGGAUGGACGGCGCGACCGAGCCGGAGCCGGCGGCCCUCCAGGCCGUCAGCCGCUCGGUUUGCCCUCGGGAUGGCCGCUGGUUCCUCAAACUGCUGCAAGCGGAAACGGAACGGAUGCAGGGAUGGUGUCGGCAGAUGGAGCGGGACCAGACGGACAACCAACUGCCGGAGGACGUCAUGGGCAAGAUCCGCAGUGCAGUGGGGAGCGCCCAGCUGCUCAUGUCCCAGAAGUUCCAGCAGUUUCGGGAGCUGUGUGAGGAGAAUCUGAAUCCUGACGCGCACCCGCGGCCCGUCUCCCAGGACCUGGCGGGCUUCUGGGACAUGUUGCAGCUGUCCAUCGAGAACAUCAGCCUCAAGUUUGACGAGCUGCACCAGCUCAAAGCCAACGACUGGAAGCCUCUGACGCCUCCAGAGAUCCAGGUGCGAGGCGUGCCACCUCCCGUGCCAAAGAGGUCCCAGAAGGGCCACGCCCCGCUGGCGAGGGACCGCUCUCUGGAGAGCUCCGAGCGGCAGCGUCUGGAGGCCCGCAAGCGCCUGCUGGCCGCCAAGCGGGCCGCCUCGGUGCGCCAGAGCUCCGCCACGGAGAGCGCCGACAGCAUCGAGAUUUACAUCCCCGAGGCGCAGACGCGAUUAUGAGACGCUCCGGCCGGCCGCAGUAGCGGGAGAUGGCAAGGGUGCUAACAAACUUUACCGCAUCACUGUCGCCAUGGGAAGAAGUGGAUGAUUUAUUUCUCCGUUGAUUCACCACGGAGCACCCGUUCCCUGGUCUUUCCACCUCAGCUUUUAUGUAGCGCCCAUGUCCCUCAAGUCCAAACGCUCACAAUGGCUCUCACUCGUGAUGUGUCCUUUAUACGUAGGUUAGGCAGCAGCAGACAUGAUAAACUUAUUUAUAGAAUUGUGGCCAAACUCAAGGCUGCAACGCUGUAGCUAGCGGUCCUCGCAUAACCAGACCUCCAAGUUGUUCAUGGCAAUGAUAUAUUUGUUUUAAUAUUCCAUGUCACCUGUCUGUACACGACCUCUUCGGCUAUAUAAUGAGCUUGUCGGCGUUGUAGCGUAACAACAGAUGGUGAAAUCAAAGCGCAGGUCUUUGGCUUGGCGGCUCACCCUUGUACGAUGGUGCGAUGAAAUGAGUCUCUUGCAGUGGUCAAGAGGUUACAUUUUGUUUGCGCUGUUGUGCAGCUUAUUCGGAAAAUGAAAUCGUGUUUGUUUGUUUGUUUGUUUGUUUGUUUUUGUUUUGUCUUGUUUUUGAAGACACCCCUCGUGCGGUGCGUGCGUGCGUGCGUGCGUGCGUGUUUUGACAUCAUUCAGUCAAGUCCUUCCUAUGAGAGUCAGCAGCCCCAUUCAAAACAAUAGGUACACCCGCACAAUUUAAAGCGACAAAGACGAUCCUGCCUUUGCCUUGUAGUUGAACGGAAUAUGUUACCUUGAGUCUUACUUUCGUACAACCGCACUGCUCUAAACUUCUGUCGGCGACAGUUGUUGAUCCACGGACAAGUAUUUACAUAAUUGAGCAAACCCCUAAAAGUCAAGUUGUUCUGUCUAAUUCCACUCUGUUCUAUUUUUUAUUGUAUAUUAUUACAAUCAUUUGAUUGCACCCUAAUCUAUUGCUUCAAAACACAGGAUUAUUCUUGUAGUCGCUUUUUUGAUGAUCCAAUUAUAACUAUGCAAAUUUUAGUCCUUGACGGGGGAUUCAGUUCAAGUUCACUCAGUUUAAUAGUUUGUGUUACUUUAAUAUAAUAAGUUAAUACCUUUGUCAUUGUUUAGGCAGAAUAUACACAGGAUAUGAUUGUUUGGGUGUACCUAAUAUUGUGGGUGUAGAAAAGGUCGACACUGAGUCAGGCGCCCUCAGAUGAGUUUGACGGGUUAUUUUUAAUAAACUGCUUGUAUCUUUUUUAUAAUGUCAUUUUAUAACAUCUUGAUUGACAGUAUUAAGACAAGACAACUGGACAUUUUCCUCCUCACAUCAUUUUUUUCCAAUAUUUUCUUUAUAUAUAUAUUUUAACUAUUUAUUGAGUAGGGGGACUGUUAACCGGCGCACUGACUUCAAGGCCCUUUUACUGUGUUUUCGUCUUUUGGCUUUUCCCUUUGCGCCUUAAUUUGGACAGUCGAGCCCAAAGGGCGUCUCAGGCGACGGUGCCGGUGCGUGUGCGCGCGCGUGUGACUGCAUACGCUGUCUCUGCUGUCAUUCAAGUGGAAUUUGCCAUCACUUAGGAGGCGUGACUAGUCGGCUUGUUGGAACUCACCUGCUCGUGUUUUGUGCCAUUGAACUCGGUCGGGGCUUUUGGCUCGCUGACGUUCCGAAAGAGAGUGCGUGUUUUAGAUGCCAUUGCUCAUUUUUAUGUUUUUCUAUUUUUAUGGAUUGAAUUGUGUGCGUGUGUGCGUUCCGUCCCGUCCCCAAAAUGACACUCUUGAUCAUCUUGAUAAGAACACAUCAACUCCUGGUGUAGCAGGGAGUGCGUGACGUCCUUCAAUUGUACUUAAAUGAAUGUUGUGCAAACGGAAUCCGAUAAGUUAAUGAAGCAGACCUUUUUUGUAAUUAAUGUUGCUACGUGUUUAACGGAUGUGACGGCGGCACGCGUGCGCGCGAGCAUUAAAGUGAACCCUGUGGCCAUUUG